GAACAUGGCCAUACAGCCCGGAAAACAUACAACAACCCUGUUUCUGGCCAUAAAACAAAGGGAACCCCUUAUAAAAUUUGGACCCUGGAUUUAUCUCUCAGCAUGUUCAUGGCCAUAUUAGUUGAGGGAUUUGGGGGGGCUAUAGUUUAAAAGUAACAUUUCCAAACUCUCUUUUAGCCUAUGUUCUAUACUUUAUAUCAUUUGUAAAUUUCUUCAUUAUGGUUUCUAUUUAUCUACAAGUUAUGUUUUGGAUCUGAUACCCUGAGCUGAAUCUAUUCAAUACAUGGAUCAGAUUUAGAAAUUGUAAAUUUAAAAAGUGAUGCAGUUCUUGUGCAUGUUUCAUUUGACUGGAGCAUAUUGCUGAUAUUUGCUGAUGGUUGCAGAGCACUGCUGGAAAUGAAAACGAAGAAGUUGAUGGCAACUGUAUAUGUGGAUUAAGGCGUGAAAGACGAGUCAAAGUCAGUGAGAAACAGAUCCUCAUUGCAAUCGGUGAUACAGCGGAUGCUUAUCGCCCUGCAAACAUGUCUGAUCAAAUAAAGGAUGGGUCAGAUAAACAUCUUCAGGAAUCACCAGCAGUGUGGAAAGCAGCAGAUUACUCUCCUCAAAACUGUCAUUCCCAAGUAGACCCACAAGAGGGCAGAGAGGAUCCAUGUGAAACUAGCCCAGAAGAUCAGACAUUAGGAACAGAGAGUAAAAAUGAAAAUCUUGUGCAGCUGGAUCCAGCGGGAGACUGGGAAGAUACAGGGACCAUCCCAAAGGAUUUUCGAAAAACUGAUGCAGCCUUGGAUGGGUGUGAGUCCCACACAAUCGAGGGAAAGAACAGAGAUCAUUUGGUAGCAACUCAGGAAAAAGAAGACAGCAAAGAUCCUUUUGCUCUGGGCUCAGGAAUUUCCAAAGAAACUUUGCGGGAGUUGAAAUACCUGCUGAGGGAGAGUCCACUCCUGAGUACCAGGACCAGAAACAGUAGGAAAAUCAGUGGGACUUCUUUCCAUAUACCUCUGAUGAAGUCUACUGAUAAGCAAGGCCAGGGCAUGGAAAUGUUAAAUCCACGUUUAAGGGGAGGUGACCAGAAAGUCCCUCCUAUGCACAGACAUGGAGGAAAGCAAGAAGGCAGGGUGCCAUUAGUUCAUAUCUCUGCUGGGAUGGAUGAGCAUCAAUCUCAGACUGAUGAUCUGAAGGAUCCUACUGAGAAACACCAGACAACUUCCCCAAAUGCAGACAGCAUUCCAGGACCUAAAAUUGAUGUUGCAGUUGAAGAAUACAGUGAUAAACCUGAUGUAAAGAUUGCUGGCAAUCGUAUUCCUCUUCAGUUGAUCUCUGAAAUUGAACACAUUAAAGAACAGAUGGCCAGAGACAACAUUCAUGUUGUCAGGUUUGAAGCAACAGACCUUCACGGAGUGUCAAGAUCAAAGAGCAUCCCUUCUCGCUUUUUCCGGACCAAAGCAAUCCAUGGUGUCUCCAUGCCCAGAGGUUAUCUCGAGCUGACCCUGAAUCCUACGAUUAGUGAAAUAAAACAGAUAACUGCAAGCAAUUUCAACUGUGACAUAAUCCUGAGUCCAGAUUUAUCAACUUUUCGGGUGUUACCAUGGGCUGAAGAAACUGCAAGGGUGAUAUGUGAUUCCUUCACUGUAAUGGGCAACCCUCUAUUGACUUCACCCAGACACAUUGCCAAACAACAGCUGAUGCAGCUCCGAGACAGUGGCUUUGCUUUGUAUUCCAGCUUCACUUAUGAGUUCUGUAUUUAUGGCAUUGCUGAAAUUGUAAAUUCAAAGACAAUAUCUUUCCCUGCUGCAACCAUCCUAAGUAACCAUGACCAGUCUUUCAUCCAGGACCUCAUUGAUGGAAUGUAUCAUGCUGGGGCAAACAUUGAGAGCUUCUCCUCUUCUACAGGACCUGGGCAAAUGGAGAUCUCCCUCCACCCAGAGUUUGGCAUCGGGGCAGCUGACAAUGCCUUCACUUUCCGAACAGGCAUCAAGGAAGUGGCUAAAAAGUAUAACUACAUUGCCACCUUUUUCACAGAGAAUGGAUUUUGCAACUCGGGCAUCUUCUCUCAUAGUCUUUGGGACAGCAAUGGGCAGGAUAAUUUGUUUUCUAUUGGUCCUGGAGGUCCAGAGUUCACUGACAUAGGAAAGAGCUGGUUUGCUGGACUACUGGUGCAUGCAGCAGCUCUCAGUUGCCUAAUGGCUCCAACCACUAGUUGCCGUAAACGCUACUAUGCAUACAGCAAGGAUUCAAAGGACACUGUUGUUGCCAAAUGGGCAUGUAAUGAUAACAGCUGUGCAUUUAAUCUCAAAAGCCAUGGGGAAAGAGGACCUCGUAUAGAAAACAAGCUGGGCUCAUCUACAGCAAAUCCCUAUUUGGUGUUGUCAGCUACAAUUGCAGCAGGCCUGGAUGGCAUUAGGAGAGGGCUCAGCUUUCAAGAAGGCUCAGAAGAAACUGAGGGCUCUGCUUCUUUGAAACCAUCAACCAUUCCUCUGAAGCUGGAAGAUGCUCUUGUUGCGCUUCAGGCAGAUGAGUGUAUCAGGAAAGCCUUGGGUGACAACUUUGUCCGAUAUUUUGUUGCCAUGAAACAGUAUGAGAUGGAAACAGAAGAAAUGGAUGUGGAAAGGAAUAAAUUUUUUGAGUAUUUUAUCUAGUAUGAGCUAGACAAAAGGUUUGCAGCUGGCUUAGUUUUAAAUGACUAUGGAUGCAUCUACAAUGGAAGAAUUAAUCCCUUUUGACACCACUGUAUCGGCCAUGGCUCAGUGUUAUGGAAUCUUGGAAUUUGGAGUUUGGUAAGACACCAGCACUCUUUAGCAGAGACGGCUAAAGACCCUGUAAAACUACAACUUCUAUCAUUCUAUAGCAUUGCAUCAUGGCACUAUGAUAUCAAACUGCAUUCAUUCUAUAGUGCAAAUGCAUUUUAAGAGCUUGAAUUAGGAAUCAACAAAUCCCAAUUUCUAAUCUCACACCUUCCACAAUCUCAGUAGGUGGUAUCCAUCAGGACCUCUUCUCGUUGCUUCAGGUUCUCACAUACAAUUUGGAGGGUGGGAUAUAGUAACUGUGAUUCUUACAAGCUUCUUGUAAGGAUUACAGUGAGAUACAUAUAAAAGCCACCUGAAGAUAUCAAGUGUUAUUAUUGUUUCUUGGUAGAUAGCUUUAAUUUUACAGAAUUUUUAAUGUGGAUGUGUAUUUCUGUAUGCGGCCUUUUUCUGGGCCAAACUAGAUGUUCUCUCUCUUGAGACUAAUUAAUACAGCUACAAAUCUUAUUUCCCUCCCUAAUUAGUUACAGGUAAGGGAGGGUUUUUAUCUGAAAUGCAGCAUGAAUGAAGGAGACAUUUCUCUUUAGUCCCUAGUUCAAUCUAAAUAAAAUGUCUCCUUCAUGGUAAGAACAUUUAGAUGAAAAAUCCACAUGUGAACCCUGGUCUGAUCACACUGAAUUCUAGCCAAGCGUGGUCUUCUCCUCUUGUUAGAGAAUAACAAAAUAAAAGCUGCAUGUAACAUACAAAGAGGAUGUCUGUGAUGCCAUCUUCCCUAGACAGCAUAACACUGCUAUUCAGGAAUGCCCUUCUAUAUUUCUUUUGAGUAGUUAUUUGACUCAGAUGUUGAGAUAAGCCUCAUCAUUCCUAUGAUGCUUACUAUUUUUAAAAUUCCUUGCCCUGAUUAGGGUACCUGUACCCAGAGUUCAUCCCUUUUUAGGAUUUGUUGUCAUGACCAAUGUGGCAAAUCUGAUUAAACAAAUGCAACCAAUGAAAAGGUGCUUGUAUGUGAAAUCCUGAAACCUUUAAAAAUGUAUAAAAAUGUAUUCUCUGAAACAGACAUAUUCAUUUUGUGUUUAGAUGCAUGUGGUUGCAAAAUAGCUCUGUUGCUUUCUCUUUUCUGUUAGUAGAAAGUUUGUAUAUUCAUAUAUUUAUUUAAUUUAAAACCUGCCUUUCUCCCAAGAUGAGGCCCUGGGCAACCUCUCCUGCCCAACUAGCCAUUUCUGUAUUAACUCUACCCUCAUACUAUCUAUAUUCCAAAAUAACAAAUCAAUGCUGACCUAACACUUUCUAGCUCUCAUCUCCACAUCUUACAUCAUACCAAGUGUCAAUAACCAACAAUUUUCAUUGCCUCCCUGUCUGUCUCUUGGCUAGUCACCAUUCAUUGGCUCAACAUUCUAGGCAUUUCUUUCCCUUCCCAACACAACCACUUGUAUAAUGUAACAACAAAAACAUUUACAUGCAACCAUGGAAGAACAUUUUUUUUUACUUUGGCUUUCAUUCAGUCUUCUCUUCAACAUUCAGCACCCCAUUUCUAAACUCUUCACAGCAACAUGGCUAUAAUUCACAUUAUUUUUUCAUUUCAUCCAUCACAACAGAGAUAGGAAUCAUUAGCUGAAAAGAAGAGCACAAUUAUUUUAUAUUCAUGAAUGUUUAGUCUUAAGAUUUUUAAAUGUAUGCCCCCCCCCCCAAGAAACAGUUUUACACCAGAACUAAUAGCCAUUCUGGCCUAUUGGACAGUUUGAAUGCAUAACCUUCCUAGAGCAUGAUGUCAAACCUGUGACCCUACAGAUGUUUGGGCCUCCAACUCCCAAAGCCCUAGCCAGCUUGUCUAAUUGUCAAGAAUUCUGGGAGCUGAGGUCCAAAACACAUGGAGGGCCACAAGUUUGACACCACUGACCUACAGCCUCAACAGACUAGCAAAAUUGCCCAUUGUAUGAUGCCCCUACUUCACUUGCAUCAUGGAGCCUGCCGGCUGCCAUCCCAUGAUGUUGAUUUACUUCUGGUGGGACUCCAUACCAUAAGUGAAAUGGGAGCAUGGUAAGCUGCUGUGGCGGCAACAUGGGAAGUUUCCUGUACUGCAUAGGCAAAAAUGGGGGGAAGACAGGUGGUGAAUGUUUCUCCCAUGGGAUGGGGUGAGGUGGAACCCAGGCAAUGUGGGGCAUGGGGUGAUGGGUUCCCCACGGCCCACACUGGGCCCCGACGAAUUAGCCACAAUGCAUGGCGAGUCCCACUCUUAAUGUGAUGAAAUUCCUAGAGUUAUAUCCUCAUGAUGGUUUUCUACUCACAAACUCUACAUAGCCCCUAGUUUAGGGGACAGGUAUAUAGGGAGCAUGAAUGUCCCCCAGACAGCAGACACUGCAAUUGACAAGGAUCUGUUCCCUUUAAAAUCAGAAGCAACUAACUAACAUUUUCUUGCAUAAGUGCUCUUUUUGUGAGAAGGCCCCUGCAUCUGACUGUUGCACUGAAGAUUGCUUAUGGAAGGAGGCCUGAUUGUCAAUCAGCUGGUUCCCAAGCAAGAAGGGAAUGGACCCCAGUGAUUACAGAAGUUGUGUCUUGGUAAUAGAACAAAAUGGGAUUUACUGCCUAGUAUUGUAACUAUGAUGUUGACACAUCCAUAAACCCUCAACAGGAUUCUGGCUGGUAUUUAAAUAAUACAACAUAAUGAGGAAGGUACUUUAUUCUGGGUCAUCCAUACCAUCCUUUCUUCCACAUCAAUACAUAAAACAUUAAGGGCAGGAAGCAGCAACAAAAUCAUUAGCCCACCUUGUUUAACUAAGAGGACAGAAAUAAAAGCAUUGUUCAGGCUCACCUACGGAAUGAAUUGGAUGUACCUCAAUAUAUGCAGUAAAAGAAUCAAUGGGGAUAAAUGGGAUCUUUAUGCAAGAUUGUACAUAAUGAUUAAAUGCAUAGAUAUGAACUGUGAGGCCCUCCUGAUGUUGUUGGGUUGCAACUUCCAUCAACCCAAAGCAAUAUAAUAAAUGAAGAAGGACAAAGGGAGUUGAAUACUAGAAGUGUCUGGAGGGUGAAAUAUUCCCUCACCCUGAUUUAAUUGAUUGCUUGCUUAUUUCUGAUUUAAUGAAUUAUUUGCUUAUUCCAAAAAUUCAAAAUAUAUUUUCAACUUCCUUUUUUAAAUAGCUAAUUAGCUAUGAAUGUUUUGAGGUCCAUAGAGGUCAACAGGAGAGGUUUUGGAAUGAUGCCUUCCCUUCCCUUGUGGUAUAUCGGGACAAGGCAAGUUGAAUACAGAUGAAUACAGGAGUGCCUAGGGCCUAAGGACACAUUACUAUGGACCUUUGUUUAUUUCCACUUCCUUUGGAAUUUUGCUUAUUUCCACUUCCCUCUACCAGAGUAGAUUUGGGAAGGUGUUCCAGGAACAACAGCUGGAAGAAGAAAUGGGAAGAACUUGUCUCUCCUAUCUUCUACCUGAAAUAGCGUCCUGGAAGCCGGCCUCCACUCUUGGGAUACUCUCAAAGUAAGACCAAAGCACAUGCAUCUAAAGAGAAGAUUUAAUUAAUAACACGUAAACAUUGACAAAAAGAGCAACAAAUGCAUGCCUUGGGUUAUAUACUAGAAAUUUUUUUCCCUUUCCUCAUCUAACUUACUACAGGAAGGUUCCUACUGUGUGAUGCUAAUGAUUCCUUUUUUAUUUACAAAUAUAAAUAUUUUAUUGUACAGGAUUGGUUUCAAUUUAAAGUGUGAAGUUGGUCUGCUUCAUUUCAUAAGAAGUCACUGGAGAUGCUACAAGCAAUAAAGGGCACAGCAUUUAUUAUUUAAGCUGCAAAAUGAUAUCUGUCAUGCUGCAAGGCUACUGGAAGAUAUGUCUGAACCUCCAGAUUUUGUAGCUUUGCUUAGCCAAAACAUAUUGAUUUUGAAAGUUCAGUAUUUCACAUAUUGGCACUGAGCUUCGAAUAUUAGCUUAUAUCAUUUGAUGCAGUAAAGCCCCUAUAUAGCAGGGCAAUGUUUCUUUUAAUCAGCAUAUCUUUAUCUAGAAUGUGAUAUACCCCAAUGCCCUUUAAUGCCAUGCCCUAAUGAAAGAAUCUGUUCAUCUCUGCCAUUUUUAUACUCUAUUAACUUGUAUUUACAGAACAGUAUUUUAACUCUAUUAUGUUUAGAUUUUUUGGCCAACAUGUUACAUUUGACAGUCACACAAUGUGAAAAAAAAUGAGACAAUUGCCAAGAGACUGAAUUCUGUGAAAUUAAUGUUGUAUUGUUUUCCGGUGAAAUCAAGAAUUCUAUUUCUGCCUGCCAUUGAGAAAAUCAUAUUUCUAAAUGUUGUUUUUAUUACAUGUAUGCAUGCGCACACAUUUUUCCCCACGUCCCAUAAUAGAAAACUGGUACAUGGAGUUAAUGGGCUAAGAACACUGUUCUUUGGCCUAUCAGGAAUUUAUUGCAUGGAGAAGAAGCAUUCCACAACCAUCAUCCCCAAGUGUUUCUGAAGUAGUUCCAACAACUUCUGGAUUCCCUUGGUUAUUUGUUCUUCAUGUAUAGACUAGAAUAAAAUCAGAGGAAUUCAAGUAUUGUAGACUUUCAUAAACCCACUGCUUUACUCCCCCUAAUGACCACCACAAGGUUGCUUCUACUAUAACCAGAAAUGAUUGUGUUAUUUGCAGUUCCAGAAAUGGGUCCAAAUAUGGCUAACUUUUGAGUAGGGGCUUUGAGGAGUAAUGAAGGAGCCCCUGGUGGCUCAAUGGGUGAAACCCUUGUGCUGGCAGGACUGCUGACCAACAGGUCAGUAGUUCAAACCCGGGGAGAGUGAGUUGAGCUCCCUCUGUCAGCUCCAAACAUCUGGGCAACGUCCUUGCAGAUGGCCAAUUCUCUCACACCAGAAGUGACUUGCAGUUUCUCAAGUCACCCCUGUUACAAAAAAAGCAGAAAUGAAGGCAGGAAAGUACCAACCACCACCUUUUUGUGGGCAUGUAUGUGUAGACAUUCUGUUCUUUUGAGGGCAGUUUUGGAUAGCAAUUUAUUUGGGGAUUAUAGAAGCUAUGGGGAGGUCAGGGUUGCAAAGUGAUGCUCAUAUUUUCCAUGUGGCAUACUUGCCCCCCCCCCCUUUCCUCACUUUUGCUAUAUUGGAAUUGAUUCCUUUCCCCAUUUCUAUACUCUGCUCCCCUCUCCAAAAUCCAAUAUAGAAGAUCAGAACAGAUUUUGGAGAUGUGUGUUUAAAGGCACAAAAGAGAAAGGAAAGGGAAAGUUCUGCUGUAUGACUAGAAGUCCACUCAUGUGUUGGUGGCUACCCAUUGGAUUUUUUCUUCAAUUUAUAAACAAAACAAAGCAGUGAAAUGUUGAAAUAAAAUAAGGUCACAAUCUCUGUAUGCCUACAUUUAUAUGGUAUUCAUAGAUGUCACAGCACUUAACAGAAAAGUGCAUUUUGACUUGGCUCUACAAUGUAUUUGCAGAAUAUCAGAUUUAUUUGUGAACAAAACAGCUAUCAAUGAAGUAUGAAUAAAAUGGUGCUUGUUUAUCUUGCAUCUUCUUCUGAA